UUAGCCAUGGCAUGAUUUUCCGACUCAAAAUAUCAACAUAGUGUAGUUCAACUUCACAGGUGACGGUACUGAACUACGUGUAAUCUUAAGCAAUCAAGGUGUUCAGAAUUGUUGAUACGCCAUGGCAAGUUUGAGGAACUCAGCAUCUGCCUGUGCCCGUCUGCUAACUCCACCUCCUGGCCAGGUCAGUGCUGGUGGACAUUGGAGAACAGCAUCGCCUGAUCGGUGGCUUCGAGGGACUGAUGCAGUCUGUAGAUGUCAGGAAAUGAGCACAAUGCAACAGAUGUACCACAACCACACAGAUAGCAAGAAUGCUGAUCAGAAAGAUGAAAGUCACAAAAAAGAGUCCAAAUCCAAGUCAUAUAUGGAUUCACUAAAAGAACAAAUCAAGUACUUGGAAAAGGUUAAAGACAGUAUAGCCAACAAUUUGCCAAAUGUAGGAGUGAUUAAUGCAGUUGUUCCGACCAGAUUUGCAGAUGAAUUUCAGAAGUAUGUUCCAUUUUCUACCAAGUUGAGAGAAAAUGUUGAGAAAGAUUUACAAGAAAGUAUAGAGGAACAGAAAGCUCAGUUAAAAAACUUGGAGAAACGGGUAAAAGACAAGAUGAUGGCACAUGAAAUUAAGGAUCCGGUUUCAAAGGAGCAGCAAUCAUUUGCAAGAGCAAUGCAAGAUACAAAUGAAAGUAUAGUGAAAUUUUAUGACACUAUUGAUACGACUGACUCUCGCUCACUAAACAAACCCGGUGUGAAAGCAAAGACAAUCAAUGAAGAUGAUCUCAUGACAAGUAUUUUCAAAAGUGUAUGGCCUAUUAAAGCUGACAAAGAUCCAGAUGACGCAUCGACUGUGGUUAAGAAGAAACCAUUGGUUCAGAGAGAUUUUGUGUCAAAAACUGCUAUAGACAGUCGAACAAAAGCACUGGUAGAAGGAAUCAAAACUGCAUCUACAUUACAGUCAAAGUUACGCAGGACGGAGGACUUCUGCAAACACAUUCUUCAGUACCCUAACUCAAGAUUUACAGCUACCAAGGACAAAGUCGUGCCCUACCUGUUGAAGUUUCGAGGUAGCCAGGACGAAGCAUUGUCAAGCCAGGCAAACCAGGCGCUGGUUCAGAUUGGCUACGUAGACCCGGUGAAGGGACAGGGGAUCCGGAUGCUGACCAUAGAUGGAGGCGGAACCAGAGGGCUGCUUGCAAUUGAAUGCUUGAAGAAGCUAGAAGAAGCUUGCCAGACCGACAUCCGUGACAUGUUCGACUAUGUCUGUGGAGUGAGCACGGGGGGGCUGGUCGCUGCCAUGGUGUUCCUGUAUCGUGUUCCUCUGGACGAGUGUGAACUCCUGUACAAGGACUUCAGCCGACAGAUGUUCACGCGGAACCGGGUCCUGGGGACCAGCAAGCUUGUCUGGAAUCAUGCCUUCUAUGACUCAGAGGCUUGGGAGAACAUACUCAAGAAGGAACUGGGAGAACAAAUGAUGAUUGAAUUUGCCAAAGACAAGCAACUACCAAAGUACUCAGGGAUGUCCACUCUGAUGAAUGUGCCGAAGUUGAAGAACUUCAUAUUUCGGAACUACAAUCUGCCACCCCAGUCCUACUCGCGAUACCCCGGUGGGUGCAGGCACUCCAUCUGGGAAGUGAUCCGAGCCUCGUCGGCAGCGCCAGGCUACUUCGAGGAUUUCAAGCUUGGGGACUAUGUCCAUCAGGAUGGUGGUCUCAUGACGAACAACCCCACAGCCAUUGCCAUUCAUGAAGGUCGACUUUUGUGGCCUAACGAGUCAAUUCAGUGUGUUAUUUCAAUCGGCACUGGUCGAUACGAGCCUGCCAUGGAACUCCUUUCUUCCAAGCUUGCUCUAAAAGACAAAGUGAUGAAAAUAGUAGACAGUGCCACAGACACAGAAGCUGUCCACUCCAUCCUCCACGAUCUCCUACCUCAGAACACAUACUACCGGUUCAACCCUUAUCUGUCUGAGUACUUCCUGCUGGAUGAGAUCCGCCCAGAGAAGAUCGACCAGAUGAUGCAGGAAACACAGCUCUACCUGCGGAAAAACGAUGUCAAAAUUACCAAAGCCAUCAACCAACUGUCCAAAGGAAGAAGGCCACAUCAGCGGGCCGCUGAUUUGAUUCGAAAGGCUGCUGAUAGUGUGAGAGCGUGAGAAUGUGAAAAUGGUGAACAUCUUGUAAAGCUGUGAUUUCUCCAACUUUGGAACUUCUGUUGUACUGUGCUAAGAAUGAAAGAAGAAGUCGAAAGAGGCAAGGAUGGAAGAUGUGACAGAAGAUCAGUUGUGACAAACCGUUUAUUUAUUUCGUUAUGAUGCUACAGGUAUUUCUUUUAGUUCAUGACAAUUGCAUUUGUGGUAGUUGCAAGAAUCAGGGUUUCAUUAUCUGAAGAGUGCCCAACAGUGGUGAACUAGUCAUGGUGUUCGACAUGCUAGGAAAUAACCUUGCUGCUUUUGGUAGUGAUUCCAGGUUGAAAACUUCCAACUAUACUGAAAAAGAGUCAAUAGUACCGGUAUUUAUCGUCUUUUUCUUCCAGCUCCAUUCAUUUUUAUUUCUUGUAUCACAAUUUGUUCUGCUGAAGUAAGAGAUUGGAUAAAAAUGUCAGGUAGGGUGUCUCAUUGACUUAAUUUGGAUGUAAACAUCAUUUUCUAUCAACAGUUCACUUUGAUGGGACAGUGGAACAUAGUGUGGCUACGUGCUUUCUUCACUAACAGGACCAGUGAAUUGUAACUCUGAUAUUUUGAGGAAUGGGAACAUGAAAAGGGAAUUCUAAGCUCGUAAUGUGGCAAAACAGGCAGCCGAGGACAGAAUGCAUUUUACAUCAGGAUUCUAUAGUGUUUAUUAUCAUUUAUAGAAUUGUAUUUCAUACAUUUACAAAAUUAUAUGGAAUUUUAGCUUGUCCUGUUUGCUUGUAAGGGAAUGUUUACAAACAGGAAUGAAAUGCAGUAAUCAUCGUCUUUAAAAAUAGGUCCAGAAUAGGUAGAUUUCAUGUCUUGGCAUACAUCUCUUUACAAACACGAGCUAUUUCCUGAACACACACUUUUGUCUAAAAUUAUGAGCUAUUUCCUGAACACACACUUUUGUUUGAUUUGAAAUGGAUUCAUUGCUACACUGAAGUUUAGCUUAGAAUGAAGAUUUGAUGUAUUAGUUGGAAAUAUUUUGAGAAAUAUGUACUGCAAUUUUUUUUGUAAUGGAUACAACAAAAUCGUCAUCCUUAAGUAAAGUGACUUGUUGAGUUUUUACAUGCAUUUAUCUAGCAGACAAGUAGUACGUGGUCUAUCCCAAAACAGGUUCUCCACAAACCCCUACCCUAUAUGUAUUUUACUUUCAUAGGCAUUUUUUACUAGCUGAUGGAUGACAAAGUAACUAAACAUUAUGGAUAACCACUUCAUUCCUGAUGUGUAAUGAUUUUGUCAUCCAUAAUGUUUUUGGAAUUCUUUGUGUAUUUGAUUUGCUGCAUGCCCUCAUCCCAGCAGUGAAGAGUGACGUUACCGGCGCACAUUAACUUACUCAGGAAACUGUUGGUCAGUGUUAGAUCAAUGAACAUGCAGAUUUUUACUCUUUAUACAUAUUUGUUUGUUGGAGUUGCAUAUUUAAAUGACACUGCAUUUAUCAUGGUGCUUUUUUUUAAAUGUUGGAAUUAUGUACUCUAUACACCAGUGCUUCUGUGACUAGGGUGUACUGACCGGGUGACUUUGUCCUCAUCUUGAUGUAGUCAAGUGGUAUUUUAUGUGCACUUUUUUUGUUGCGGAAUAUGUUGUAUGUCCUCCCUUAAAGUUGAACAUCAUUGUUUGGUAGCCAUAUGCAGGUGACCUUCAUGAAUAUGUAUGAGGAAGGGUCCAUAUAUUUGCAGGGGUGAGAUUGGUUCAGUCAUCUGUAACAGGUAUUCAUCACAACACGUCCCUUUCCGUAAAUUUGUCUCAUCUGUAUAUCCACCAGUGUUAAUGUUAAAAGCAUGAGAAAUCAGUAAUGUAUGUAUAAUUCCAGUACUUUGGGAAAGGAAUCCAUCUUCAAUGUUUUGUUCAGUGGUGUAGUUUAUACGUAAAACAGCAAAUUGACCAUCACAGUUGAUCCCUUCAUUGUGAGUAUUUAAAACUGCUUUUAGCAAUAUUCAGGAAUAUUAGGAAAUAUUCAGGUAAACAUGGUAGAAUGCUUCAGCCAGUUAACAUUUUUCUUUAAGCCCCUGUACUCGAAGACAGAACCAGGUUGAUGAAAUGGGACAAGAGAGGGGCUGGAAUGAUGGAAUAGUACCUGUAUCUUACCGUGUGACCCACACUCCCUGCAAAUACAGACUGCUUGUCAAAAUGCUGGUAUCUUACCUAGUCUGCAAUGCACUCACCUUCCACAAAUGCUGAUCUUUGUGUUGACUCCUCUGCAUUAAUAGCUGAAGGAUGAGAGCAGUGUCCAAACAUUGCGAGCUUUGACUCAGCAGCUUGUCAUGGUCACUGAAAUAGUGCUUUGAAGUUUUUCAGCUAUGCAUUUUGUUCUGUUGUAGAUUCUAUUUUCUUUCAACAACGAUUUUCCCUUGUGUUUCAUAAAGUUAAUUUUUUUCUUUUCGGACACUAUCAGAGUAUUUUUUACUGUGCCAAUACUGGUUGGUUUGUUCUAAUCUAUUUUGUAUUUUAACUUGGUUAUUAGGUUUUUGUUUACUGAUUGUUAUUUGUGCUACUCAUAUUUGUUUGUUAAUGGUUGGUUGUUUUAUUGACGAAAGAAAAAUGAUGCGAAGACGUGUUUGACAGCAUAUCAUGCCGUACUUAUAUGCUGUACUUAUAUUUAAAGCCUUGAUAAUGUUCAAUCUGUAGAAAAUUGAAGAAACAGUUCCCAUUUUGUGAACACAAACAUCUAGUACAACUCAAGCCACAGAACUUGGUCAACCACUCCACCAUCAUGGCCACAGCAACAACCACAACUAUACGAUAGAAACACCUCCAACUAUACCACCACAGAAACUACCACUGCAACUACACAAACCACUGCAACAAGUAUGACAAGAUGCACCCUGACAUGCAAUAGCACCAUCCUUCCCAUACAAAAAAUGCCAUCCGUAACCCUUACUCUCGGAUGAAUACAUACCUGUUAUUGCAAUGAAAUAUUAAUACGCUCUUUGUCAGUACAUGUGAUAUCCCGUUGUGUGUAUGGAACAAGCUGAUCUUUCUGAUCCUAAUGAAUACCAGAUCCUACCUGUAUGUUGAAGUAGUUGUGAUGCAUCUCUUAUUUAGAUGCAGUCUCAUAUCCGUGUAAGUUUACUGUAUAGAAUCUCAAAUGGAUCCAUCAGUUUAUCAUCCAAA